AUGACAGGCGAUUUCGUGGCGUUAACGAUUCUCCAUCCUGUCGACGUGAUGUCCGCUGCCUCACCGAAGGUGAAGAAGGCGAAGGUGCCUGCAGCUCACCCGCCUGUCGCUGAUAUGAUUAAGGCUGCCCUUGUUGCUCACAAUGACCGCAAGGGUACCUCCCUGGUAUUGAUCAAGAAGCACAUUGCUGCCAACUUCAAGGUGGAUGUUGAACGCAUUGCGUCGCACAUCCGCAAGGCGUUAGUUCAUGGUGUGGAAAGCGGGUCCCUGAUUCGUGUCGGCAACAAGGGUCAAGGCGCCUCCGGGAGCUUCAAGAUCGCCGACAAGAAGGUGGCUGAAAAGAAGUCCAAGGCUACGAAGAGCGCAAAGCCGAAAGCCUCUGCUGCCGCAAAGAAGCCAAAGGUUACUAAGGCGAAGAGCCCUAAGGUCGCCAAGCCGAAGAAGGUGGCAACCCCUAAGAAGGCGGCCGUCAAAGCCAAGGUCGCAAAGGCCAAGACCGUGAAGAAGGCUAGCGCCGCCGCCGCUGCUAAGAAGCCCAAAGCGGCGACGGCAAAGAAGCCUGCAUCCAAGAAGGCCGUGAAGGCCUAA